GCUUGAAGCGUGCACGUGCAAGGACGCUUGGGAUAGAUCCUGCAACCAGUUUGUUAAGGACGUUUGCGAGGCUCUGAUGGUGCCGAUUCCACAGGCACCCUCUGGCCUGAAGGCGUUCGUUCUUUCCCAAGAGCCUAACGCGAAGCAUUGGGAUAUCAAUUGCAUUCCAGUGCCGCUUCCUUUGGCCCGGGACCAUCUUUGGGGGCAGCGCGGCCAAAGGUUGCAAUUGGAGUUCGUCGUUGAUAAUCUGGUACUGGAGGAGGUCUCGAACGGUGUAGCGAAGAUAACAAAUGACGUUUACCGGGCACCCUUGGAUCGUAUCCGCAAUGGUCUCAUGGUGUUGUUUGACCGUGGGUUUGAUUAUAAGGCCGGCUUCAUGGACCCUGUGGAUUGGCGCUCUCGGGAGUCCAGUGCUGCCGCAGAUCACGUGGCCAAUUGCUGCUUGGCGCAAG